UAUCAGCAUUUCGUUAAAUUUCGUCGAAUGGCGCCGAACUCCGAACCCGAAAGUCUGAAGCCGGAAUCUUGAUCGGAGUUGAGUAACGAAAAUUUCAAUCAUUUUUUAAUGUGUACCUGAUAAAAUUCUAUGCCAUUCGUAAUAUGAAAGAUGUAUCAAGAAGUAGCAAAUGAAGAAACUGGAUCCGGGGUACACAACUGUGUAGCUUGCGGUAGACGAGGGAGAGUGGGAUUCUACAGCGUACCUAAAGAUACAGCUAACAGAACACUAUGGCUGGAGAGAUGCGGCCUGGAUCGGGCAUCCCCAAUCGCGCCAAAUGCACGAAUUUGUAAAUUUCAUUUUAAAGAUGAAGAUUUUUCUAUUCAGAGACGUUUGAAAAGGAAAGCUGUACCGAGUAUUGUUGUUCCGGCAGAUACAUCUAAGUAUCAACGAUGUCAGCGAACAAAGAAAUGUUUCGUGUGUGGCACAUUAAAUACAGAGUGUCACUCUUUUCAUCGAAUUCCAUUCGAUGAAAGCAUUAGAAAAGAGUGGUUCCAAAAUUUGGGAAUAAAAACGUAUGAUUUCGAAAUCAUACCGAAAGAUAUAAGAUUGUGCGAAAUUCAUUUCAGAGAAUCGGAUUUUAUCGUUCAUCCCCAAACAAAAUCCCGAAGAUUAAAACGCGGAUGCAAGCCGCGUAUUACGGCAUCGUCGCUCAACUUGCAAAAUAAUCGUAGUAAACUGCCGGAAAUCAAUAAUGAUGAAGAUUCUGAUUCUUCGGUCAUGUUUGUAUCUGCGUUCCAUCAAAAUAUCACACCUGUGAUAGAGCUUGAUGAUGAUGAUGAGGAGGAGGAGGAGCAUGCGAUGUCUUGCAAAAAAUCUUACUCCGAAGACGUGCCCGCGGACGAAAUUGCACCUAAUCAGUCGAAUAUUACUAUAGACUUGACGGAGACGGAAGACGUAGGAAAUAAAUACAUUCGUCGACUAGAAAAGAACGAGCAAUUGAAAAGACAACGUCAAACUUAUCAAGCUUUGCUUGAUGAUUUGAUUGAGAAUAAGUUCGUUAUAAAAAAGGGUAAAAAACUCAUAAAAAAAUUCAGAAGAAACCUAGAAGACCCGGCGGCGGAGUAACUCGGAUGAUUUUCAGCGCUGUGCUAAACAAAGUCCUAAGGUAUAAGUUCAAUACCUUGUACUACGUAUUUUUAAGGUGUGUUUUUCAUUUUUUUUUAUUUUUGUAUGCAGAGGAUUUUUCUUUUUUUUUGGUUUACGUUAUUUUUUCUACUUUGUUAUAAAUCUGACUGAGGUAAGCCACCGAUGGAUUAAACGUACUAGUCACUUGUCAGUAGGCUCGUAGGUAGUGUAUCUACAGUAGGAAUUUCUCAAUUUAUUUUCUCUUAAGUACGUAUUAUUUUGAAAUACCUCCAUGGCCCUACAUACAUAUCUCUAACUGACAGAUCUGCCUACUCAUUAAUCCACAAAAUGAUUCAAGUCGUGUGUUUUAAUCGCUUAUUAGUUUAAACUUUACAAUUACGGUUUUUUGCUCAAAAAUCAAAAUAAUAAAAAAAAAAACAAUAGUUGAUACGAUUUUUAGGUAAUGUGUUUAUCGAAUACUGAGAUGAAUUUAUUAGUUUUUCAUUUUUUGAUUGUACGUUUUCUUUAUUUAAAAUUAUCAAUAAGGGUCCGGUAAUUCUAGACGUAAGAGUUGUGAUGCCAUCUAAUAAUAAUACGCGAAAGUUAUUGUUGAAACAUUUAAUCAAACAGUAGUUCAUCAUCACUUGUUUCCGAUAUGUGGUUUGUAGAUUAAUUUCCAUUAGAUUUUCAUAAGUAUAUUUUUCAUUUUCUAUCUAAGUACGAUUUAUUUUGCUGCAAUAGAAGCACUUGUAGCAAUUAUCAAGUCAUUAAACAGGCAUUUCCGUUACCAUUUUAGUCACCAAGUAACUACUUUGUAUAGCUAUUAUUACGGUCUUCACUUUUGAAAUCAUACUGAUAAUUUCAACAGUCGAUUUCUAUUGUCAUUAAUUUAAUAAUAUUACGAGAGAUUUUUUAUUGAAAGACUAAAAAAACAUUGAAGGGUAUACGGUAUUUUUAUUUUGUUUUUUGGCUGUGCGAUGAAUUAGCUACGUGUUACUAAAUAUUAUUAAGUACUCGUACGUACCUAUUGUUCUUAAAAGAAGGUGAUAUCUUGUUAAUUUUGUACUUUUUUUAAUACUAAUUACUAUAGUACACGUUUUAAGUAAAAUUGUUAUCAAAUUUCAUCUA